UAAGGUUGCGCAAACAAAGCGUCACGUGAGUGCCGCUUGUUUUUCCUGUUUUGGUUUGCACAAGUACGGCUUAAUAAUACAGACACUCGCAGGAAUGACUUUACUCGUUCUAUUGUGUUUGCUUGGUCAUGUUUGUAACCUGCAGGUUUCUGCUGCGCCGGCUAAUAAAGCCUUCAAACACCUGCAGAGCGCACUUAAAUUCUGGCAUAUCUCAGACCUGCACUUGGAUCCAACCUACCAUAUCACAGAAGACCACACCAAAGUCUGUUUUUCCUCCAAGGGUGUUCCUGCAUUGGACCCAGGAGUUUUUGGUGAUUUCCUGUGUGAUUCCCCGUACCAGCUCAUUCUCUCAGCAUUCAGUUACAUGAAACAAGCAGACCUUCAGCCUGAGUUCAUUAUAUGGACAGGAGACAGCCCUCCUCAUGUCCCGAAAGAAGAACUGUCCACUGAUGUAGUGAUUGAUGUUAUUGCCAAUAUGACUCACACCAUACAUCAGUUCUUCCCACAGCUGCCAGUUUAUCCUGCCCUGGGCAACCACGACUACUGGCCACAGGAUCAGUUGCCAACAUCUGAAAAUGCGAUUUACGAUGCUGUAGCCAAACUCUGGUCUCCGUGGUUGAACCCAGAAGCUGUAGCUACUUUGCAAAAAGGUGGCUUUUACUCUCUUGUGAUCAAACCUGGCCUCCGUUUGGUGAGUCUCAACACAAACCUGUACUACAGUCCUAAUCAAGUGACAGUAAAUAUGACUGACCCUGCUGGGCAGUUGCAAUGGCUGCAGGAAACACUUGAGCUGUCAAGACAAAAGCUGGAGAAGGUCUAUGUAAUUGCUCACGUCCCCAUCGGUUACCUACCCUAUGCUAUAAAUACAACAGCCAUCCGAGAAAGCUACAAUGACCAACUGGUCAAAAUAUUUCGCAACUACAGUGACGUCGUUGAGGGUCAAUUCUAUGGUCACACUCAUCGAGACAGCAUAAUGGUUCUGCUGGAUCAACAAGGGAAACCUGUGAACUCUAUAUUUGUCACACCUGCUGUUACACCUAUCAAAAGUCUAUUGGAGCCAUUUUCGAACAAUCCUGGCGUCCGUGCGUAUUUGUACCACCCUGAGAAUUAUGGUUUACUGGAUAUUUGGCAGUUCUAUUUAAAUCUCACAGAAGCAAACCUCGAACAAAAAUCUGACUGGAAGCUGGAAUACAUUAUGACUGAGGCUUUUGAUAUUGACGACAUUCAGCCUCACAACUUGCAUGAACUUGCUCUUAGGUUCCAGCAGCCACAGAGCAAAGACUUUGACAAGUAUUUUAACCAUUUUAUGGUGAGCUACAACUUCAGCCUCACAUGCGAGGGUUUCUGCAAAACGAUUCAGGUGUGUGCUGUGCACUUUUUGGAUCAAGAAACCUACUCACAAUGUAUUGCGAAAGCAGGCAUAUAGAGUAAACUGUUACAGUUCUAGAGUAUAUACUUGAAUUACUCACUUUAAACUUGAUCAUCUCUCUAAAAAGAUGAUUUUAAACUUUUUUUUUUUUUUUUGAUCUAAAAGAAAUCAGGGAUCCUUUUAUUUAAAGAAUAAUAAUACAAGAAUGAAUCUCAGGAAAACAUAUCUCACUUCACCCCAAAAUGAAGCCUAAUGUAAGACCAUAAAUUUGAUAUAUAAUAUAAAUGGUCAUGAAUAUAAAGUAACAAUGCAAAAAACAAAAGCAAAAUUAUAUAUAUGUAUAUAUUUCCUUGCACUGUUACUUUAUAUUCAUGACCAUUUAAGCAUAAACAUUUCCCCACAGAAAUUCCCAAAAUCAUUUUAUUUAUAUAUAUAUAUUCUUUUCUAUUAUUGUAUUGCCAUUAAACCUAUAAUAAUAAUAAUGCUGCAUUAAAUAAUAAAAAUAAAAUUAAAAUAAGUGUACAACAAAUAAUACUAUUAUUAAAUACUUCAUUUUCUUUACACAAUUUAUAAUUCAUUUUUUGUUUUUCAUUUUGGGGUGAAACAAUACCUGGUUCUUGACAGGAUUUUGUUUGUUUAUUAGUUGUGAAAACUGAACUAAUUUUAAGGCACUUUAAAAUCUGUUUUUAAAAUUCUUUGUAAAUGAUUGUAAUGAUUUUCAUACUUGAUUAAAUGUGUAGUUGCACAAAUAAUUAUGCAUCAUUUUCUAGAGACUUUUUCAAAUAAAAUUGAACCAGCUUCUUUCUGUCCUUUUAAUUAAAAAUUGAGUUUUGCUUUCU